CCAGGCCGAGAGUGGGCGUGGCCGACGUGGGGUGGGCAGCAGCCGACUGAGUCGGACCGGGCCGUUUGGCGCGCUUCCGGGUGUCACCUCCAGAGGGCGCCGGCCGCGGAGCCGCCCUCAGAGUCGCGAGGCCGGACGCAGCGCGGCGCCGCCCCACUCGCCCCAGCCGCCGCCAUGAAGGCCGUGGUGCAGCGCGUCACCCGGGCCAGCGUCACAGUUGGAGGAGAGCAGAUUAGUGCCAUUGGAAGGGGCAUAUGUGUGUUGCUGGGUAUUUCCCUGGAGGAUACGCAGAAGGAACUGGAGCACAUGGUCCGAAAGAUUCUAAACCUGCGUGUAUUUGAGGAUGAGAGCGGGAAGCACUGGUCGAAGAGUGUGAUGGACAAACAGUACGAGAUUCUGUGUGUCAGCCAGUUUACUCUCCAGUGUGUCCUGAAGGGAAACAAGCCUGAUUUCCACCUAGCAAUGCCCACGGAGCAGGCAGAGGGCUUCUACAACAGCUUCCUGGAGCAGCUGCGUAAAACAUACAGGCCGGAGCUUAUCAAAGAUGGCAAGUUUGGGGCCUACAUGCAGGUGCACAUUCAGAAUGAUGGGCCUGUGACCAUAGAGCUGGAAUCGCCAGCUCCCGGCACUGCUACCUCUGACCCAAAGCAGACGGAGUCUCGCUCUGUCUCCCAGGCUGGAGUGCAGUGGCGCGAACUCCGUUCACUGCAAGCUCCACCUCCCAGGUUCACGCCAUUCUUCUGCCUCAGCUUCCCAAGUAGCUGGGACUAUAGGCACGUGUCACCAUGCCUGGCUAAUUUUUUUGUAUUUUUUUAGUAGAGACAGGGUUUCACCAUGUUAGCCAGGAUGGUCUCUAUCUCCUGCCCUCAUGAUCCACCCGCCUCGGCCUCCCAAAGUGCUGGGAUUACAGGUGUGAACCACUGCGCCCAGCCAAAGUUCACUAGGUUUUUUAAAUGUCUUUUUUCUGCUCCGGGAUAAUGCAGGAUUCCACACGGCAUUUAAUUGUCAUUUCUACUUAGUCUUCUCCAAUCUGUGACAGUUCCUCAGCCUUUCCUUGUCUUCUGUGACAUUGAUACUUUUCAAGAGUACUAGUCUACUAUUUUGUAGAAUGUUUCUCACUUUGGGUUUUCUAUGAUUAUAUUAAGGUAAUGCAUGUUGACAGGAAUAGGAAAUAGCACAGAAGUGAUCUUGUGCCCUUCAUAGUGCAUCCCACCAGGAGGUAUGUGGUAUUGAUUUGUCUUGUUACUGGUGAUACCAGCCUUAUCACUUGGUUCAGGUGAAGUCUACCAGAUACCUCCAUGUUAGAUGAAGUUCUAACCUCUCUCCCCUUGUCUGUCCUCUGGCUCAUUCACAGCAGACAGCUCUCUUUCAGCUUUGCAGGGAAAGAAGCCAGCAGAUGGCAUUGAUUCUGCUUCUCUGUCCCCCUUCUGCCACCGUGGUAGCAGAGCUACCCUUUCCUGGGCUGAGGCCAACCUCUCCCUGGGGCCAGGACCACCUACAUAAUUUGAGAGGCCCAGUGUAAAAUGAAAAUAUGGGGCCCCUUGUUAAAAAACAUAUUACAAAUUUCAAGAUGGUGACAACAGAGCAUGAAACGAAAGGUGGGGCUCCUCUGAAGAUGGGGCCCUGUGUGACUGCUCGGCUGUGGGGCUAGACCGACUUGGUUGGGCUUUGGAGCCCUCCCCUUCCCCUCCUCAGCAGCUUCCUGGAAGCCGUCUGUCCUCUUGUUGGGUCUGUCUGCCUCUCACAGUCAUCCAUCUUAUCCCAUUGGGUUUUAAAUAUGCCCAAAUGUCUCCAAUGGAGAAAUGCUUCCAUUUCCUCCCUUCUGCUCUGCCUCAGUGUCCUUGGGUCUGUAAAGGUUCUUACCAAGGGCCCCAGUGACCUCACAUUGCUUUAUUUCAUGCCCAUUUUUCAGAACCCCUUUCUUGCCACUGCUGCCCACUUUUGCCCCUGGAAAUGGAUGGAGCCUUGUUUCCCAGGGCGCCAUUCUCUUUGAGUUUUCAUCUUGCCUCUGGCUACUCCCUCCGGUUUUAUUUGAUCAUUAUUCCAUAGUUUUUAUUUAUUAUUCUGCUUUAACUCUAUUUGGAGAAAAAUUUUAGUCUUUUUUUUCAUUCUAAAUAUUUUUCUGGAAAUGGUAGAAUAAUACAUUUUGCCUUUAGAAUCUUCAGCUUUCUUUCAACCAGUACCCUCUUCUUGUUUAGGUCAAAGGGUACAAAGAUGCAGUUAUUUCGGGUGAGUAAGUCUGAAGAUCUAAUGUACACCACAAGGCAUGCAGUGUCAUAUUGUGCACUGGGAGUAGAUUUAGGAACUCUCAGCACACACAGAAUAAAGGACGGUAACUGUGUGAGAUGCUGGACAUGUAAUUUACUUGACUGUAGUAAUAAUCACUUCACUAUGUGUGUAGAUCAGAGCAUCAUGUUGUACACCUUAUACAAUAAAUUCCUCUCCUCAAAUCAAAAAA